ACGCCACACAGCCCGAGAGUUAUCUUUGGCAUUACUUUCUCACUAAAAACAUAGUUUUCGAUAUUGACUAAUUAAUCACAAGCUACGCCAAGUUUGACCCUGUGCUUCAUGUUCUUCGAUUAUAACUCCGUGUUUUAUAAUCUCAAAAUCUAAAUAUAAUCAAGUUUAUUUGAUCAAUUUUCACAUAUAAAUGGAAGACAUAUCUCGAUUAGAGCUUUGCUUAUCAAUAUCAAGUCGCUAUAUAUCCACGAUUUCAUCUUUACAAUCUGUGGCUUUUUAAAUCAUGGUGGAGUCCGAUCACAGUGAAACUGGACAGGAUGUGACCUCGACUAACACAACACGUCAAAAAGAUUCAAUUGAUAAAUCUGCAGAAUUAUCGAGCAAGAGACCGCGUGAAGGUUGCAUUGAAGACGAAAAAAUUGAAUUGCCAAACAAAAAGUCCCGCAGUGAAAUGGACGAACAAUCCUCAACUCCCAAGGACGAGACAAUGAUUCCCGAAGCAAAUGGAAACACUAUGAUUGUCGACGAGGACAAAAAUAGUCAGGGCAAUGGAGAGGCAAAAUUGAAAUCAUCAACGGACGAUGCUGAGAAUCCCGAUAAUGCAUCGAGCGCCGAUAUGGAAGCACAAGAAGAGUCUCAAGAGGAAAAGUCCGAUGAUGAGAAGGAUGACAAAAUGGAAACAAAUCAGGACGCACCUGAUUCUGCAUGCGAGGAUAAGGAGAAGCCCAAGGACAAGGACGAGGCAGACAAGGAUUCCGCUGUAAAGUCAGACAAAGCAGAGAGUGGCGAGAAGGGAAAAUUGGACGAAGCAGGAAAAUCGGGAGUCGAGGACAAAAAUAAACGCACCCUGGGAAAAAACACCGAGGUGGUUGAUGGUCUUGAAUUAACAGUUGAAAAUGCCAGCGACAAAGAAUCGAGCGGCGAGAGUGACAAGGAGGAGGAUCCGAAACCAAGACCAAAAACAACAAUUGUCAAGGCAAAACCAACUGAAUCUGAAUUGGAAGCAAGCGCCUCAGAUGACGAAGCCGAGAAAGGCGACUCCCAGGACGCCAAGGACGAUGAGGACGAUGACGAUGACGACGACGACGACGAUGAGGAAAAGCCCGAUGAGAAAAAAAAUAAACGCAAAGGUCGAAGAAAAUCUUUCACCAAACUAAAGGGUUCCGGCUCAGACGAGAGUUCCGACAAUGAUUCCAAUGACGACGAGGACUACAGUCCAAACAAAAAGAGGCGAACUCCCGCCAAAAAAACACCGGCCAAGACACCCGGGAAACGAGGUCGUGGACGUGGUCGCGGUCGUCCACCAACGCGAAAUAUCGUCAAAGAAAAAUCCGACGAAGACGAGGACGUCGCUCUUUCAAGCAGAUCCAGACGAACUGCUUCCAAGCGUAGCGAGAAAUUCGAUGAAUCAAAGGGCGAUUCAUCCGAAAGUGAGAAUGUAAGCAGUAGCGAGGAGGAUAGCGGAAAGGAGAAGAAGAGAAGAAAGAGAAACAAUGACCCGGAGAACGACAAGAGGAUACAAUCACUAAAGAAAUAUGUCGACCUGGCUGGAAUAAAAGUGAAAUAUCCAAAUGUUUGGGAAGGUUGCAAAACUAAUAGCGAUCGUAUCAAGUGUUUGAAGGAUCUACUAGAAAAAAAUGGCGUCCUCGGUAGACCAACAGCCGAGAAAUGCAAGAAGGCCAAGGAACAAAACGAGAGGAUAGGCGAUGCUCCGGAAUCAACUCCAAGCAAACCCGCAUCUGGUGGAGGCCGUGUGACCCGUGCAAGAAAAAGCCAGAACUCACCUGGUGCAGCAUCACGAAAUCGUGAGUCUCGUAAAAAAACCGAAAGUGACUCCGAAUGAAAGUAAAAAUAUGAUUCAAGGAGACCCUGAAUCGCUAAAGCUGAAUCGACUGAUAAAGUCAUUAAUUUCUUGAUUUCACGAAGGAUCAAGCUUCUUCUUCUUCUUCAUCUCUACUUUUGGCAAUACUUCAAUAAAAAAUUCAAAAAAAGAAGUGUUCUAAAAAAAAUUGACUAAUUUUUCUAAUUUGAUUAAUAUUUGGAAGAUUUAAAAAAAAAAGUAUUUAAUGGCUUGAUUGAAUUCGUACGUGGAACCAAGCACAAAAAGGUAUGUAACGUGCAAAGAAAUACAAUUUUAGUGUAUAUAAGUGCAAACAUGCGUAGUUUAAGGGGAGGGUCUCCUAAUUUUUUCAAAAGGUGUUAAUUCUUUCUGUCCACUUUACAAAGUGUCUCGUAUAAUUAUAUAAAAAAAUGAAAAAAAAAAUUUUAAUUUAGUCAAGUAACCAGUCACGUAUAAGUCUCUAAACGGAAUAUGUACAACUGUAUAAUUCCCUUAAUAAUUGUUGCAAAUUCAGGAGUACAUAUUAUAAGUUUAUGUCCAUAUGGUCAUUUAUUACAAAAUAAAUAAUUAUAAUGAGA